GUCGAGAAGCAAAAGAAGAAACUCCUUGAGACAGCCGAGUACCUGAUGGGCCUGGCCAUGAAUCCUGAUGUCUCCAAAGAGGAGAAGAAGCGUCUCCUAGAGGACGCCGCCAAACUGCAGGAGGCAGCGCACGAAAAGGCAGUGGGUACUGUUGAGACCGAGGGUUUGAUGAAACAACACAGCCGACCUACAGAACUAGACAUGGACAAUAAACAUGUACUACUUAUGUGAA